AUGGGUAGAAAUAUCAACGCAUUGGUGAGAAAUGCUUCAGGUUUGGAAGAAAUAGCUGCAGAUUUUGAUUUUUGUAUAUUAUCUCUAAAAGAAAGAGGAGUAUUUCUAAUGCCCGAAGAUACGGAUUCGAAGGAUUUUGGUAACAAUGAGACAAAUUGCGAAAUUGCAGGAGUUGUUGACUAUUGCAAGGAUUUCGAUGGCUACAUGACACGAACAACGAUAGAUCAAGAAGAAUGUGAAGAACGAUGCGCUGCUUACCUAAUUCCGAAUGAUAUGCUAUCUCAAGACGAACUAGCAACUAGAAUCAAAUCUGGAUACUUUGAUGAACAUGGAAAUAUAUGUUUUAUGCGAGAUCAACACAUUCAGUAUUGUCGCAAGCACCUGGGCACUCUAGGAGGCGCUUAUAUGAGUCAAUGCUCUGCGUACUUCUCUUUUUUCCCUGUUUUUAACAAAAAUAGAAAACCCUGGCUCUACUACUAUGUCCUCAACUCGCUCGAUCUGCUCAACGCCGAGGCGAUUGACUGCUAUCCCCAAGCCAUCAACUCCAUCGAAGCGUGUCGCUGCGCUCUGGGCGGCUACGCAGGCAGCCAUCUCGAAUAUCCGCACACCAUGGUCACUUAUGCCGCUGUGAACACGCUCGCCAUCCUCCGAUCCUACGCCCUCAUCCAUCGCUCCGACAUCUAUCGCUUCUUCCUCAGCGUCAAGCAGCCGGACGGCUCCUUCUCUGUCCACACGCACGGGUACGAAGCCGACUCGCGAAGCACGUACUGCGUUCUCGCCAUCGCCAAGCUCCUCCACAUGCUCACGCCGCAGCUCACCGCGGGGGUUCGCGAGUUCCUGCUGAGAUGCCAGACGUACGAAGGAGGCUUCGGGAGCGUUCCGGGAACGGAGGCGCACGGAGGAUACACGUUCUGCAGCGUGGCGGGGCUGUCGAUUCUGGAGAGUCUGCGUGACGCGGAUUUGGACGCGCUGGAAAAGUGGCUGUAUGACCGGCAGACGAGUCUGGAGGGAGGGUACAAUGGACGGACCAAUAAGCUGGUCGAUGGGUGCUAUUCGUGGUAUGUGGGGUCGGCGAUCGCGAAUGUGGCCAAGGCGAGGGGCGCGAAGGAGUGGACGGAUCGCGCGCGGUUGAUGCAGUAUAUGCUGAGGAUGGAGCAGAACCCGCGGAGCGGAGGGUUACGCGAUAAACCGGAAAUGAAACCCGAUUUGUAUCAUACCAAUUAUGGACUGUGCGGACUGAGCUUGCUGGGGGGCGUGUUGGAGGUGAGGGAGAGGAGACGCGGUGAGGAGUAG